UUACAUCCUGUUUAAAUCGUAUCGUGAAAACCGCUGACUCGUGUCCUUGAGAAUCGCCGAAACAGUUUAUGAGCUCCUUCAGUCUCCGAUUAAUAACAUUCCGAACAGUCAAGUAAACCCUCCUCGCCAUGUCUGAAGAUAAAGUGUACAGCAGCGAUCUCUCCUACCCCAAGGAGGAAGUGACCAAGUGCCUCAUCUACAGACUAUUCGCUGAUAAGCGCUUCAAUCAGAUCACUCUUCCCAGUUAAGUGAAAUGUGCUACUCGGUCUUCAGUCAAGUACCUGCCAGGCUCGUCCUCUAUCUGUUAUCAUGGUCCGGCUUCCUCGUUUCCUUCAUGAUGCGCACCGACAUAAACCUGGCCAUCGUGGCCAUGGUGGAGGAGCCCCCUCAGGCCGUAACGAACACCUCCCAGGAGUACUGUUUCGUGAUCGACGACUCGAAUAGCUCGACCGCGGUGGAUUAUGGGGGCACCCUGAAGUGGUCGGCGGGGGUGCAGAGUUACAUUCUGGCGUCGUUCUAUUGGGCUUACAUCAUCUCGCAGGUCGUCGGGGGGCUGGCGACGCAGAAAUUGGGCACGAAAAGGGUGUUUGGGUAUGCACAGCUGGUGACGGCUAUGUGCAGCUUGUGCAUCCCGUGGGCCAGCGAGACCCAUUAUGGGUUAGUGAUUGCUCUCCGGUUCGUGCAGGGCUUCGCCUCGGGUCUAACCUGGCCCGCGAUGUACGCCCUCGUCGGCCAUUGGAUCCCCGUCCCGGAGCGCAGCCGCUUCAUGUCGAGUUUCCAAGGUUUCAGCAUCGGCAUCGGCGUAACUUACCCCUUGUGCGGUUUCCUGAUUGCCCAUCUCGGUUGGAGAUCCGUCUUCUACACCACGGGUUCCAUUGGGGUCCUGUGGUGUGGAAUAUGGUAUCUGUUGGCUUUCGACAGCCCGGAAAUGCAUCCACGGAUAAGUUUGCGCGAACAGCAGUACAUCAAAGAGAACACGGUUAAUACAUAUGCUGCCACUAGAAAACAAAGAGUGCCAUGGAAGGCCAUUUUGACGUCACCGCAUGCCUGGUCAAUCGGAGUUACCACGUUUGGGAGGAUUUGGGUGCAUUAUACGUUCAUUAUACCGGGGCCGAAGUAUAUGAAGAGUAUUUUGGGAUUUAGUAUCGAGAAGAACGGCCUCCUCUCCGGCGCCCCCUUCAUCUGCAGUUACAUCGCGUCAGUAUUCUUCUGCUACAUCGCCGACAAGUUGGUCACGAAAAACAUCAUGUCAUUGACGAACGUUCGAAAACUGAUGACGGCGCUAUCGCAAGUCGUGCCGGGCCUGCUCGUCCUACUCAUCAGUUACCUCGGCUGCGACAUCGACCUCGUCCUCGUCGUCUGGUUCCUGGCCGUCACCUUAAUCACAGCCUCCUACGCCGGCGCCAUGGCCAACGUCGUUGACAUCGCUCCCAAUUUCGCAGGGCCGGUCUUGGCCUUCGCCCAGACCAUCCACAUGUCCGCAAGUUUCCUCAGCCCGCUCGCCGCAUUCCAGAUGCUCAACGAACAGGAACACCUCAUGUCGGCCUGGCGCAUGGUGUUCUACGUCACGGCUUUCGUCUCGGUCUCCACGUACGUCACGUUCCAGAUCUGGGGCACGUCAGAGAUCCAGCCGUGGAACUACACCGACGGCGUCUCCAACGACAAGGAAGACAAGCUAGAGCGGGAGGAGCUGAUGACGGAGAAGCCCGACGUGGUGGUUGCCAACGGCAAGAGCGACGACACUGUAGCGUAGUCCCCUUACUGCACACGGCACAACUAACUUAGGAGUCUGUUCAUCUCCAAUUUCCUCAUUGAUAUUGUGAUAAGUUUAGAGUCAGGGCCUUUAGGUUAGUGAGUAGGAUUGUUGGCAGUUGCCCCCACCAUUACGACAAUCAAAAAGGCGUGGCCUGCGCGGGCGUGGCUCUCUCGAUUGGUGGGGGUGCUCUGAUGACAAUAGUAUAUUGACAGUAUUUCAUAUUCUCUAUUUUUUUAAACGGUGGGCAUUUCUGCUGCAGCCGGGCAUUAAUGUCGACUACUGUUGCACAUUUAGACUAAGACCAAUUUUCGAUAAGUGUUGAUAGUGAGAUAUUUUAUGACCAAUUUUGUUCGUCCUAUAUAUGGUAUACAGUCUUUUGUGGUAGUGUAGUGUUCGUUGUCUCAAUAUCCAUGCAUUUAACUCAUUACUACAUAAGCGUGUACUACCACGAUAUUAAGAAAAUGAUAUCUAUAUACUUAAUGUAGUUGUUCGAGUAUUACAAGUUUCAAGUGUAAAGAGUUGUGUUGAUGGUACUUAAGUGCAGGAGUGCCAAGUGCCAACUGUAGAUGAAAUUCGCCAUUCCUUUUUGUAAUAUUUUUUUAUUUUCAUUACGUUGACGUAGGUUUUGGAAACAAUAUAUUUUUUUGUGCA